AUGACAGAAUCACCCAAAAGAAGGAGUUUAGAAUUAUAUACCAAGGAGUUCUAUUCAGCAUGUACUUUAGGUGGUAUUAUUGCAUGUGGUCCCACGCACUCUCUCGUCACUCCAUUAGAUUUGGUUAAAUGUAGAUUACAAGUGAAGCCAGGUCUUUAUAAAUCUAAUUUUUCCGGUAUUCAGAGUAUUUUCAGAAAUGAAGGUGCUGGUAAGACAUUUACUGGGCUUGGAGCUACCUUUAUUGGAUAUUCAUUGCAAGGUGCAGGAAAGUAUGGGGGUUACGAAUAUUUUAAGCAUUUCUAUUCAUCCACUCUUUGUAGAGGUGAUCCCGAAACUAUCCAUAGAUGGCGUACUUCUGUGUAUCUGUUAGCAUCUGCUACUGCAGAAUUCUGUGCUGAUAUCAUGCUAUGUCCAUUCGAAUCGGUCAAAGUUAAACAACAAACCACGAUGCCUCCAUUCUGUAACAAUGUCUUUGAAGGUGUAAACAAGAUUUACAAGUCCGAAGGUAUUGCCGCACUUUAUAAAGGUAUAGUACCUUUGUGGUGUAGGCAAAUCCCUUACACUAUGGUAAAGUUCACAUCCUUUGAGAGGAUUGUGGAAUAUAUAUACUCCAAAUUACCCAUGAAAAAGAGCGAAAUGAGUGCACUUCAACAAAUAUCUGUGAGUUUUACUGGGGGUUAUUUGGCUGGUAUUUUAUGUGCUACAGUGUCUCAUCCUGCUGAUGUUUUGGUUUCAAAGGUAAAUAGUGAAAGGAAAAUGACUGAAUCGAUGAUGGAUGCCACAAAGAGAAUUUAUGGGAAGAUUGGGUUUAUGGGCCUAUGGAAUGGGUUAACAGUUAGAAUCUUCAUGAUCGGUACAUUGACCAGUUUCCAAUGGUUAAUAUACGACUCUUUCAAGGCAUACAUCGGUUUACCCACAACUGGUCACUGA